AUGGCUGCCGACAGGUUAGGCUCAAACACAACCCUCGCUGAGCCCGCGCGCAGCGUCGCUCUCCGCAACUUCGGCUCGGCUUGGUUCAUGAUUCCUCAAGGAACAGGGAUCCUGGCUGUCUGCUUUUGGUCAAACGACUACCAGUUCAGGGGCCUCAAUGUUAUCGCUUUGGUGGCCUGGGCAACAGCCAUCGUCUCUGUCCUCAUCAUCACUUUCACCUAUCUAGCCAGACUCACCUGCUUCCCUCGCCAUGUUGCGUCACAGCUGGCGACCGAUAGCUCCGAGCUCGCCAGUCUCGCCAGCCUGCCCGUUACAUUGACGGCCAUCGUGCAGAUGCUCAUCCUGGUGCUUGGCCACUACGAGGGCUGGUCCACUGCGUGCCACAUCUUGUGGUGGGUUGUGUUCGGACUCUCGCUCAUGGCCGUCAUUCUCAUCCCUCAGGCCUUCGUCACGACAAGCCCCCCUGGCCGCGAUAAUCUGUUGCCAAACUCACAGCUCCCCCUCGUAGCUGCGCUGACAGCUGCAGCCACAGGCGGCGCCCUCUGCCAAAGCGCCUCUCUUAGUACACUGCAGCAGCUUCCCAUCAUUGCGAUCUGUUAUCUUCUAGUCGGCAUUGCGGUGCCUCUUGCCAUCUUCCUCGACGCGAUAUUCCUCGCCAGGCUACUGAGCCAGACCAAGGAGACCCAAGAGAAAGAGAGCCGUCAGGAGAAGCAGGCAGUUGCAUACCAGACUAUGAUCUGCGCCGGUCCCUGGGGGCAGAGCAGUGUGGCUUUCCUUCUCCUGGGUCAUGCGGUUUUGAACAACGGCCUGGGCCUGUCCGUCAGUAAUGUCGUCGGUAACGACCUCGCGGCCAAGUCAGUUGCCUAUGUCAGUAUCUUCAUUGGGUUUCUGUUCUGGGGCCAGGCCACAUUCUGGUGGAUCUUUACCUUGCUCAGCAUCACGCAUGCAGUGUUUGGGAGGGCUACAGGCAAGCGUGGAGUGAGCUUCCAAAUGGCCAUGUGGUCGCUAGUUUUCCCAUGGGGCGUGUACACGAAUGGGGCUAUUCAGAUAGGCAAGAUCCUCGACUCGACCGUGUUCCGCGUCUGGUCUGCCAUAUUGACAAUCCUUAUGGCAAUCGUCUGGCUCGUGUGUACAGCGCUCACCAUCCGGGGUUGCAUCACGGGAUCUCUGUUCGGACUGGAGCACGGUUGGCGGAAUCGUCGUGAUGUCUUUUCGGGCACGAGCGACGAAGAGCGCGGGGGUCGAGCUAAGCAUUGGUAG